CUUCUACGUGUGUGUUUGUGUGUGUAUGCGCGCGUGAAGUCUCCGGCAGGGGCACGAGCGGAGCGGAGCUCUGGAGGAAGCGUAGUGUGUGUGCGUGUGCAGCUGAUUCGCGGCCACGUUUAGCAAGCUCAGCGGCACCACGGUAGAGAGAGAAAGAGAGGAUGUCCUGCUGAAUCCAGGGAUAGGCCCGGGAAAGUCGGCCGUCCCUUGCUUUCCUUCCGUUGGACUACAGACACAGAGGAGGGGACGUCGUGCUCCCGCACACAAAGAGCCGCAGCACUUUCCUCCGGACGGGCUUCUCUCUCUCGCUCUCUUUUUUUCCCCCCCCUCCUCCUCCUUUCUUCCUCCUCUUCCUCUCCUGAUGACACCCGCCGUGCACGGAUACGCUGCCCGGCAACAGGGCCGUGCACUGACCUGGUACUAGUUAGCCGAGUAAGCUAACUAGUUAGCGCUGCACCUGCUAGGCUAAACUGUAGCUAUAUUUAGCGUUCCUAAAUUCGCUUUUCGUUGCGCUUUAUCCGACGGAUAGUUUUCUGAAUUAAUUUUUGGCACUCUUCAUUUCAUUGUUUAAAGCCGACUUUUUUUUUUUGGCAGCCUUUUGUUGGAGUUGCUAUCACGUUAGCCACGUUAAUGAAAUCGCAGCAGGUCUUUUGUGUUAUUUUAUUUUUCCUCUUUAACGGAAGACAAAUGGAGCAAAAGAGCAACUAAACCCCCGCACCCUUCCCCUUAUUUUUUAUUAUUAUUUUUGCUGUAUGAAAAUUUAUCUCCAAGCACAUUAAGCUGUAUUAAGGUGUUAUCUCGUAUUUUAAGUGUUAUCGUACGAUUGGUGACGUCGUCUUUUGAGUUUUUCCCAACAAAGUGGUUCCCCUCGUGAGGCGGAGGAAGGCCCCCGACCACUCCGCGGAGUUCUCCCACCAUUCCUCAUGAACAUACAGAGGUCAAUUCCAAUUAACAUUUCACGCUAUGGGAGAUCGCGGCACAAAUCGCACGAUUUCGAAGAAUUGUCUUGCUUAAGGACUACAGAGUCGCACCAGAGUUUCAGUCCCAACCUCGGCUCUCCCAGCCCACCGGAGACCCCGGACUCCUCACACUGCAUCUCCCGUAUCGGGGACUACCUUUUGUUGGAGCCGCUGGAGGGAGACCACGUUUUCAGAGCUGCUCACCUGCACAGCGGCGAAGAGCUCGUAUGUAAGGUUUUUGACAUCGGCAGCUACCAGGACACAUUGGCGGCUUACUUUGCCCUCGGCUAUCAUCAGCAUAUUAACCAAAUCCUGGAGAUCUUGCUUGGGGAGAAGCAAGCCUAUGUGUUCUUCGAGCGAAGCUAUGGCGACAUGCACUCUUUUGUCCGCACCUGUAAGAAACUGCGGGAGGACGAAGCUGCCCGACUCUUCUAUCAGAUAGUCUCGGCUGUGGCGCAUUGCCACGACAACGGACUGGUCCUACGCGACCUCAAGCUGAGGAAGUUUGUCUUCAAGAAUGAGGAUCGGAGCCUUGUAAAGCUGGAGAGCCUUGAGGACACUUAUAUCCUUGAAGGUCACGACGAUUCCAUGUCAGACAAACACGGUUGCCCAGCCUACGUCAGUCCUGAAAUCCUCAAUGCCAAUGGCAGCUACUCGGGGAAGGCAGCCGAUGUCUGGAGUCUGGGCAUCAUGCUUUACACCAUCCUGGUGGGGCGCUACCCUUUCCACGAUGUUGAACCAGGCUCGCUGUUCAGCAAAAUCCGCAGGGGUCACUUCAACAUCCCUGAGACGCUCACCCCGAAGGCAAAGUGCCUGAUCCGCUCCAUCCUCCGCCGGGAACCCGCGGAGCGCCUCACCUCUCGGGAGAUCCUCCAGCAUCCCUGGUUUGUCUCCUCUGAGGCCCUAGGGGGCACUGCGGUGCACGGUCGAGGCGAAAGGGAGCAAGACCAGAUGGUGCCCGAGGUAAACAUGGAAGAGGAGCUCGAGCAGUUCUUCAGCUGAGCAAACACAAAGCACAAACGGACACUCCGCCACGGUCGGCUCGCCACGCUCACAGCAGAGCCAAAAUAGUAGUUUAGAGAUUAAUAGGUGAACAUUUGUCACUCAUAAUAAAGGUGUUUCCAUCCACUUGUCUUUCCACCAUUUCAUGGAAAACCUUAAGCCUGGCAUGACAAAUGGCAUCUAUACGUCGCCUGGCGCUGUAGCUCCUCGUCGGAGGGCGCCGCCGCCAGACAUGCAAGUUGCAAACAAUGUAGCAAGUGUUCUUCUGGAUGUUUGGUUUAACAUGGUGCUCAUAAAACUGGACGUACUCAUAGUUUUUGUUUUUGUUUUUUUGAGACACUAUGGAAUGCAUGAAGGGAUCGAAAGAACAGGGAUACUAAUGAGAAAACUGAC